ACCGAUGCUGGUGUUUGUCCCCCCCCCACCCGUGCAGUGCAGUUCGAGGGCUCCCUCGGGAAACUCACCGUCUCCAGCGUCAACAACCCUCGCAAGAUGAUCGACGCCGUGGUGACCACGCGCAGUGACGACGACGAGACGAAGGAGAAGCAGGUUCGUGACAGGAGGAGACAGACGCUCUACACCAUCGAGAAGACGUACAGCCUGCUGCUGGAGGUGAAGGAUGUGGAGCAGAAGUUCCUGCAGGCGGGCGAUUCCGAGCGUCCCGCCCUCCUCGAGCUCCGCAAGCUCAAGAUUGACCAGAUCUACGAGAAUCUGCGGGGCAAACAGACCAGUGCGUCCAGCAGGUCUGGCGACGAGCACUUUGUCCAGAUCAUGUGCAUCCGCAAGGGGAAGCGGCUGACCGCCCGGGCCCUGGGCCUGCUGGGCACCGCGGAGGCCGCCAGCCUGCUCCAGGCCGUGGCCCGCAACUUACCGCUGCUCGCCAAGAAGGACUCCCAGGACGAGAUCCUGCCCUCACUGACGGAGCCCUGCACCCGGCUGAUAGGCCGCCUGACCGCCAGCUCGCUGAUGGAGCUGCUCCAGCAGCUCGCCGAGGGCCCGGCCAGCCACUUCGCCACCGUCCUGCAGAACAAGUUUGGAGUGACCCUCUUCUACAUGAUCCUGAGUCAGGGCGAGCGGCUGCAGGCCGCGGCGGCUGACAGCCAGCUGAUGGAGGACAACAGGUGGACGGAGCUGGUGUUCGCGGUGACACGGGAGCUGCUGAAGAUGCCCCAGGCCUCCCUGGCCACCCCGUCUGUCGCCCCUGGCAACCUGCUGGCCCUCUUCUCCCACUACGUGGACCGGCAGCGCCUCGGCCUGCUGGAGGCCAAGCUACAACUCUCCGUCAACCCUCGGUAGAGGAAGUCGGCGGCUGGACGGGGGGGCGGGGGGAGCCUGCGGCCUUUCCCGGACCCCGGGACAGGAGUCUCUCUCCCCGGCCAUGGGGGCACUCACUCUCCACCCCCCCACCCCACCGGAUGAAGAGGUUUCCCCGGCGACGACGGGCCGAGGUCUCCCGCAGCUACGCGUCUGCGUGGUGACGGAGGGCGGGGGUCUCCUGUGGCGACAUGUCUCCCUGGCGACGAAGAGCCAAGCCCUGCUGCGGCGACACAUCUCCCUGGCGACGGAGGGCGGGGGUCUCCUGUGGCGACACGUCUCUCUGGCGACGGAGGGCGGGGGUCUUCUGUGGCGACAUGUCUCCCUGGCGACGAAGAGCCAAGGCCUGCUGCGGCGACACGUCUCCCUGGCGACGGAGGGCGGGGGUCUUCUGUGGCGACAUGUCUCCCUGGCGACGAAGAGCCAAGGCCUGCUGCGGCGACACGUCUCCCUGGCGACGGAGGGCGGGGGUCUUCUGUGGCGUCAUGUCUCCCUGGCGACGAAGAGCCAAGGCCUGCUGCGGCGACGCGUCUCCCUGGCGACGGAGGGCGGGGGUCUUCUGUGGCGACAUGUCUCCCUGGCGACGAAGAGCCGAGGCCUGCUGCGGCGACACGUCUCCCUGGUGACGGAGGGCGGGGGUUUUCUGUGGCGACUCGUCUCCCUGGCGACGGUGGGUGGGUGUCUCCGGCGGUGACCUGGCUGCCCGCCUGCGGGCCCACUGGUGGAGGCCGGAUACGUGACCCCGACCCCCCGGCGGUACGUCGCCCGCAAAACGGCAGGGGACAGACUCUCCGAUAAACUCUCCGCUGCCUUGUUUGCGUGAGGGGCGCCAGUGGGGGGAGGGGAUGCCCAUCAAACGCACCUUGCCCUUCCUCGUUUAUUCACCACCCACCCCAUCGGUGUCGACCGUCCUGGUAUCCUCUCUCUCGCUCUCCACCCAAACCGGCCCCACCUCUCCCCCUCCCCCAGUACAUCCAGCUGCCUGCGAUCCUAUUUUAAGUAGACUGGCUUUAUACGUGCCUGCAGUGGCCGGCGGGAGGGUCUAGUACCCACCUCCCCGUUUUACUCACCCCCGGCCAUGAAUAUCCAACCUCCCCGCCCCCCGCGCUGACCUGUGUGUGUGAGGUGACAUUAGUUAUACCUGGGGCGAUAUUUGCUAUGCCCUCAAGCGCACACACCCCUUGCUGGCCUUUUCCUGAUUCCCCCCCCCCCCCCCUGUCCGUGCCUCUUUGCCCCUCCCCUGCCCAUCCGACCCCCUUCCUUGCCCGUCCCCGACCCCCCUCCUUUACCCGUACCUGACCCCUCUCCGUUGACCGUCCCUGACCCCCCCUCCCCUGCCCGUCCCUGACACCCUCCCCUGCCCAUCCCCGAACCUCCCCCCUACUGAUUUCCCCCAAUGACUCCCCCUUGACCCUCUUGCCCUCCCCCCCUUCCCUUUACCCCAGUCACAGGGGAAUUUGGCUGCACACUAUUAAAUAAUGUUUUGCUUUUUACAAAAUGUAAUCUAGUUAUGUUUUUAAACACCAGGAUUAAUUUUUUUUCUCUAUCUCUCUUUUUUUUUGGGUUUCAUUAAAAACGAACUAUUCUUUC